AUGGCCGCCGACGAACAGGACGCAUGUAAUAUUUGUGAAGGUGACAAAUCCACUACUAAAAACCCCAUUAUUUUUUGCGACGGCAAAGGAUGUAAUUUGCCUGUGCACAAAAUUUGUUACAAUGUGCAAGAGGUGCCUGAAGACGAUUGGUAUUGUCAGCGAUGCGAAAACAAAAAGAGAAAAAAAGCGACAAUCAUUGUUUGUUGUCCUAUUCAGACAGGUGCUGUAAAGAAAACAACUACUGCUGGAGAAUACAUGCAUGUCGUAUGUGCCAUGUGGAACAAGAACAUCAAGAAUGAAAUUGAGCCCUAUCCCGUCACAAAGACUUUACUAGACAAAGACACUUGUCAUUACUGUUCACAGAAAAAGGGAGUUUGUAUUCGUUGUGAAGAACCAAAUUGUACAACUCGCUUUCAUGCUACGUGCGGCAUCAAUAACAGUGUGAUCCCGCCUUCUUCUUCUGUCCCUGCUAAUUUCAUUGCAAAAUGUAGUGAUCAUUUAACAGUUCGGUAUCGUAAAAAAGCUCCCAAGGGUAAACGCCGUCUUCGAAGAAAUGAUUCGGAAGAUGACUCGGAAGACGAAGAAGAUGACGAAGAAGAAGACUCCGACGAGGAAGAAGAGGAAGAAGAUGAUGAAGAAGAUGAAUCGGAAGAUGAACGACAAAAGAUCAUUCGAAAGACUCAUAAAACUAAAUCUGUAUCCGCGAUUCCCUCCAAGAGACGCGCUUCACCACAAUCGUUAUUCCCAGAAGAUCAACACAGUUCCGAUGAUAAUAAGCAGGACAAUGAUAACCAUGGCAACGACGAUGACGAUGACGAUGAUGAUGAUGAUGAUGAUGAUAUGGGUACAGCUUCUUCCGCAAAAUCCAAAUUCAAUCUAUUUGGAAAUAAGUCAUCACAUAGUAAUAUAAAUAAUCACUCGUCAAUGCAUGUCACACCGAGUUAUAAAGAAAGAUUAGAGGCGAAAAGAAAGAAGUCUGCCUUGGAGUUAAGACCUUCAUUAUCAGACGACCGAAGACCUCUUACAGCCACACCUCCACCCUUGGUUACACCAAAACAAAAGUUGCCAAAUAGAGCACACCUUGCCUCUUCUUCUUCUAAUAAUAAUACGAUGACUGGUACAAGACCAGGUAGUACACCGCCCACAUUAACAAAGCGCUUUCCAACGGGCCCUGGCAUUAUUAAAUCCAUUGACGAGCUUCAACGCUGGAAUGCGCCUUCUAAUAACACAACACUUCAACAUCCCCAACCCACUACACCAAAUGCUAUUCCAACCACCUCAUUUUUCGAAAAUGAAAUCCGGAAUACAGGACAAAGAAAGCCGAUGGACUGGAAAUCAAUGAAUGUCGAGAAGGAAGAAUUGGCACGAGUCAAGGAAGAGAAUCGACGUUUAACAGAGUUCAAAAGAGCCGUGUCCGAAGUUUUGAGUGCUUUAAAUGUACCUGUGCCAGCAGGCACAACGCCCGAUGUCGACCAUGUCGAAAGUUACGUUGCUCAAUUACAAACAAUUUUGCGACGCGUAGGUCCCAUUCGUGAGCAAGAACGCAUUCAAAUUCAAGAAUGCGUUAAAAGUGUUGGUCAUAACAACACGAAUCAAUAG